AUGUCUAUGUGGCUAUCGGAUUCCCAGAGAGGCUUCUUCCUAAUCGGAGGCGUGAUGCUGUUCUUCGAUAGAGCUAUGCUCGCAAUGGGCAACAUUCUCUUCCUAAUCGGCCUGACGAUAAUUAUCGGACCGCAGAAAACCCUCCUUUUCUUCGCAAGGAAACAGAAAGCAAAGGGCACGGCAGCCUUCUUCGCCGGCCUAAUUCUUAUCCUCCUGAGGUGGCCCCUUAUAGGAUUCUGCGUCGAGCUAUACGGAAUCGUGAUCCUCUUUGGCGAUUUCCUGGGUACCAUUGCUGGGUUUGCACGAAACAUUCCCGUGAUUGGCCCCUAUAUUGGUGUUGCUGUCGACCGGUCUGGGCUGGGACGACGGAAUGCUGAGCUUCCUGUAUGA